AUGGCCAAGUGGGGCCAGGGGGAUCUGCGCUGGAUCGUGGAGGACCGGGAGGACGGGACCAACGUGAACAACUGGCACUGGACAAAGCGGGAUGCCACCCGCUGGUCCCAAGGGAAGCUCCGUGACCUCCUGGUGGGCAUCGUCGUGGAGAACGAGGCUGGCCACGUUGAGAUCAGUGAACUGAAGCAGGUGGAAGGUCAGGCUUCUUGCAGCAGCUGCAAAGGAAAGCUGAUUUUCUUCUAUGAGUGGAACAUCAGGCUGAGCUGGAUAGGUAACGUGAAAGAAUCUGGUGCAAAGCACAAGGGACUGAUUGAAACACUCAACCUUUCUGAAGAAAAUGAAGUAGAUGACACUGAGGUCAAUGUGAGUAAAAAGAAAGGAGAUGUGGAUAUACUGAAGGAUCUUAUAAAAACUGCAGGCACCGCCAGGGUCAGGGAGGCCCUUGGAGAUUACCUGAAGGCACUUAAGACGGAAUUUACAAUGGAAAUGAUUUUACCAACGAAAGCCAUGGCAAGCCAGGAACCGACAGCUGAAAGGAAACUGAGUGAGAACACCUUGCAGGUAUGUCCUCUGGGGCCAUGGGGUGGGGGAAAGAUCCCCACUGUGGCACUGUACAUGACGGAACUCUUCGACGCCACUACAGAGCAACUGUACAGCGUCUUCACUGUGAAAGAUUUGGUGCAAAAAUUUUCUAAAUCUCCUGCUGUAUUAGAAGCUGAAAAGGGAGGGAAAUUCCUAAUGUUUGAUGGGAACAUCACCGGUGAAUAUACAGAAUUGGUAAUUGACAAAAAGAUCAUCAUGAAAUGGAGAUAUAGGAACUGUCCAGAAGGUGUUACUAAACGCUAUGCAACAGUUGCACUGAGUUUUGUGCCUACUCCAGGGCAAACUGAAUUGCAGUUAGACGGUACAGGAGUUCCUGUCUGUAAAGAAGAGAGCAUGAAAUUCUGUUGGCAGAAGCAGCAUUUUGAAGAAAUAAAAGGUUUACUGCAGCUGACCCAACCCUAA